UUCUUUAGCAUGAACUGUGGGUAGUGACGUGGCGCGUUUCCUAACCCCUCCAGCAGUGAGCCAGGCUUUGAGUGGUUGCCUCUAAACACCUCUUUCCCUGAGGACUGGAAGAUGUCACAAUCAGGUCCAGAAAUGUCCUUGGUGUGUCUGACAGACUUUCAGGCUCAUGCACGGGAGCACCUGUCUAAAUCAACUCGGGAUUUUAUCGAAGGAGGAGCAGAUGACAGCGUCACGCGGGAUGACAACAUUGCAGCAUUUAAAAGAAUUCGUCUCCGUCCCCGGUACCUGAGAGACGUGUCUGAGGUGGACACCAGGACCACGAUCCAAGGGGAGAAGAUCAGUGCCCCUAUCGGCAUCGCGCCCACAGGCUUCCACUGCCUUGUCUGGCCUGAUGGAGAAAUGAGCACAGCAAGAGCUGCCCAUUCAGCUGGUAUCUGCUACAUCACCAGCACAGUUGCCAGCUGUAGCCUUGAAGACAUUGUUACUGCAGCUCCCGAAGGCCUCCGAUGGUUCCAACUCUACGUACAUCCAGACCGGCAGCUGAACAAACAGCUGAUCCACAGGGUAGAAUCCCUGGGUUUUAAAGCUUUGGUAAUAACUUUGGAUACACCUGUAUGUGGCAACAGACGAUAUGACAUUCAAAACCAAUUGAGGAGGAACUUAACACUAAAAGAUCUUCAGUCACCCAAAAAGGGAGAUUCUUUACCUUAUUUCCAGAUGGCUUCUAUCAGCACUUCUCUCUGCUGGAACGAUCUCUCCUGGUUUCAGAGCAUAACUCGAUUGCCCAUCAUCCUUAAAGGGAUUUUGACAAGAGAGGACGCGGAGUUAGCUGUGAAGCACAAUGUCCAGGGCAUCAUCGUUUCCAACCACGGUGGGAGGCAGCUUGAUGAGGUUCUUGCUUCAAUUGAUGCUUUGACAGAAGUGGUGGCUGCAGUAAAGGGGAAAAUUGAAGUCUACCUGGAUGGCGGGGUCCGAACUGGCAACGACGUGCUGAAGGCUCUGGCCCUUGGGGCUAAGUGUGUUUUUCUUGGGAGACCCAUCCUCUGGGGUCUUGCCUGCAAGGCUGCCGGUCGGUCGCUGAGAUCAAUCGACACUUGAUCCAGUUUUCCAGGCUCUGAGAAAAAAAGAGCUAAGAACCAGACUGCUGAGGUAUCCCACAGGAGAAUCGCAAACUCACAGCACAGUGUGUGAUGCUGUCCCGCCUGGAACCCAACCUUUCCAGAGGCUUAUGCCCCAGAUUCCCAAUCCCUCCACCCCUGUGCUUCAGCUUCUCCAAACCCCUUGUGUUCCUCAAAUGUGCCAUGCCUUUCCUUGCUUCCCUGACUAUUAUAUGUUGUUCUCUUGCCUAAAACUUUCCUCUGAAGUGAAAGAUCUCAAGGGGACAGAUCAUUGAUAACUGGAACAACUAGUGGGUUAUAUUUUUUGCAUACUCUAUGUAAACUCUAUGAAAUGACUGUAGAACUUUGCACUCUGCACAGAGGAGCUGUACAUACAAAGCAUUUUUCCAACAACAAAAAAAAUCGGCCUAUCUAUAGAAAAUAGGGAAAUAGUGAAGGGCAUAGACUUUGGAGCCACACAGACGGAUUUGACAGUCAGGACUGCUGCUGGCAAGCUGAGUGACUUGGGCAAGUUUUCUUAUCUCUCUGUGCUUCUAAGUCCCGGGCUGUAAAAUGGGGAUUACACUCCCUCAGCUAGUAGUUGGGGAAAAAGUUUAAGUAAGAUAAUGUAUUUGAAGUUCAGAACACAAUGCUUAGCACCUAGUACGAGUUUAAGAAAUAGGAGUAUUUCAUAUAUAUAAUAUACAUACAGAUACACAUAUACAUAUAUAUGCAUAUACAUACAGUAUUGUUUAGAAAAUUUCUAUUAACUUUUCAAGGCCUUCUUCAACUGUCAGCGAAUAUUAACCCUGGCUAUUUGCUCAGUGCUUCCUAUUGUAUUUUGCACAUUCCAAUAUUACAGCCCUUACUAUAGUGUGCCAUGUUUCUUUAUUUGAAUAUCUGUCUCCACAAAUAGACAAAUAGACAAUGAAUGGCUUCAGACAAGAAACUGGAUAUUUGAUCCUGGGCUUGGUGAGGAUCAAAUAUACAGUUCAUCUGUAUAUUUGAACAUAGAAAUGUUCAUCUCAUUGAACAUUUCCAGGAUGGAUAGAUGGAUGGAUGAAUGGAUAGAGGGAUAGAUAAAGGAGAGUUGGAAAAUAAAUAAAUGACCUAUCAGAAUAAAACCUCCUGAGACCAGUAGUCAGCUAGAUUUCAAGAGCAGGGGUACCCAGCUGAAUAAGAUCUGACACUUGAGGACAUCAAGAAGGUUACAGAUGGCUGGGCAUGAAGGCUCAUGCCUAUAAUCCCUGUACUCUGGGAUGCUGAGGCAGGAGGAUCACUUGAACCUAGAAUUUUGAGACCUCAGUGGGCAACACAGGCAGAACUCUGGAAAAUUAAAAAUGUGUUAAAAACCUAGC